AUGGAGUACUUCAUCGGAUUCGACGUUGGAACUGGCUCGGCGCGCGCGUGUCUCGUCGACCGGGAGGGCACGCUUCUGUCUGAGCACUCGGAGGCGACGAAGACGCAACGCUCCUCGAGCGACCACCGAAUCUUCGAGCAGUCGACGAGCGACAUCUGGGACGCGCUGUCGGCGUGCAGCAAGGCUGUACUGAAGGAGUCUGGCGUUGACCCCGCCUCAGUCAAGGGUGUCGGCUUCGACGCUACGUGCUCCCUCGCCGUUGUCGAUGACGAUGGCACGCCCAUGUCGGUCUCGCGCAUCUCCAACGGCAAGGAGGACGACUCGAACCUGGGCAAGACGGGGAAGUCUGAGUUUGACGUCAUCCUGUGGGCAGACCACCGCGCCGAGGAGGAGGCGGACACGAUCAACGCGACUGCCGAGGCUGUUCUCUCCUUCGUCGGUGGAACCAUGAGUCUCGAGAUGGAGACGCCCAAGACGCUCUGGCUCAAGAAGCACAUGGACUCGGGUCUCUUCGAAAAGGCAAACUUCUUCGAUCUCCCCGACUACCUCACCUUCCGGGCGACGGGAAGCAAGGCGCGCAGCAACUGCUCCCUCGCAUGCAAGUUCUCGUACGUCCCGCCGGGCACCGAGAUGACUCACGGUGGAACGACCGAGAUCUCCCACGACGGCUGGAGCGCGCGCUUCUUCGGCAAGAUCGGCCUCGACUCCAUCGUCGAGCGUGACUUCAUCCAGGUCGGCGGCAUCCCGGGCAAGAAUGGCCUCGUACUCUCUGCUGGACAGCCCGUUGGCCAGGGUCUCGACAAGCAGGCGGCGGCGGAUCUGGGUCUGAAGGAGGGUACCGCGGUCGGAUCGGCCGUCAUCGAUGCCUACUCUGGUUGGAUCGGUACAGUCGCUGCGCGCGCGACGAACGCAAAGGGAGAGGAGGAGCCCCAGCCGACGAUGGAGGACGCGUCGCACCGUCUCGCCGCAUGCGCGGGAACGUCGACGUGCCACAUCGUCCAGAGCGAGGACGGCAUCAGCGUGCCCGGAGUCUGGGGACCGUACCGCAACGCCGUGUUCCCGGGCAACUGGAUGAACGAGGGCGGGCAGAGCUCGACAGGUCAGCUCAUCGACUUUGUCAUUACCACCCAUCCCGCAUACCCCAAACUGAAGGAGGAGGCGAAGAAGCAGGGCGUGUCGCAGUACGAGGUGCUCGGGCACCGGCUCGAGGAGAUGCAGGAGCGCGCUGGCGCGCCUACUCUCACCCAUCUCACAAAGGAUCUCCACUUCUACCCCGACCUGCACGGGAACCGCUCCCCGCUCGCCGACCCGAAAAUGAAGGGCAUGAUCACUGGCCUGGAGCUGGAUGACUCGCUCGAUGAUCUUGCGGAGAAGUUCAACGUGACCCUGGAGGCGAUUGCGCUGCAAACACGCCACAUCGUGGACACGAUGAACGAGUGCGGCCACAAGAUUGACGCAGUGUACAUGUCCGGCUCUCAGGCGAAGAACGGGCCGCUGAUGCGUCUGCUCGCAACUGUGCUCCAAAUGCCCGUCGUCAUUCCCCCGAACCCCGCCGCCGCCGUGCCGCUCGGCUCAGCCAUGCUGGGCCGUUUCGCGCACGAAGCCGCUCAGGCUGAAGGUCACGGCAUCAAGACGCAGGAGGAGGCGGACCAGGUCGCGCAGCAGCACGGCGCACGCCUCUGGGACAUCAUGGUCGAGAUGACCAAGCCGGCGAAGCGCAUCGAGCCUCGCGAUGGCGAGCUGGGUCGCCGCGAGAAGAAGUUGCUCGACGCCAAGUACGAGGUGUUCCGGGACAGCAUCGAGACGCAGCGCCGAUGGCGGGCGCUGAUCGAGAAGGCCGCGAAGGAAUGA